CACACACUCACUCUCUCUCUCUCACUGAAUCUCAGUAAAAUCUCCAUUUCUUCUUCCCUCUUCCCUUUCCCCUACUCUUGUAUGUUUGAUCCGUUUCGGAUCUCUCUCCUACAAAAAAAACCCAGUUUCGAAGGGUUUCUUAAUCACUUGAUUAGAGAUCUACCCAUUUUCUGAUCAUCGAGUUCUCUUAUCCUUCUGCAAAUGUGAUUUCGUGCGAUUGAUUCGAUCGUUUUCUCUCAGUUUCGUCGCAAAGCUUCCUUUUCCGUGAAUCCACUUCCGAUUCGUUUCGUGAAUCGCUAUUACUCUGUAAGGAUUGAGAUGGAAAUCGGGUUUAAGAUUCUGGUCUUUUUAGCAGUCAUUGUCACUGUGAAAGCAGAGGUUUACAUUGUGACAGUGGAUGGAGAUCCAAUCAUAAGCUACAGAGGUGGAGAAAAUGGGUUUGAAGCCACUGCUCUUGAAUCUGAUGAGAAGAUUGAUACAACUAGUGAAUUGGUGACAUCCUAUGCACGUCACCUUGAGAAGAAACACGAUAUGCUUCUUGGAAUGCUCUUUCAGGAAGGAACAUACAAAAAGCUCUACAGCUAUAAGCACCUCAUAAAUGGAUUUGCUGCUCACAUUACACCUGAACAGGCAGAAACACUUCGACGUUCCCCCGGUGUGAAAUCUGUGGACAGAGAUUGGAAAGUAAGGAAACUCACCACUCAUACACCGGAGUUUUUAGGGCUGCCAACCGAUGUUUGGCCAACCGGUGGGGGUUAUGAUAGGGCGGGAGAAGACAUCGUGAUCGGGUUUGUUGACUCCGGGAUUCAUCCGCACCACCCAAGUUUUGCUUCUCAUCACACUGCACCUUAUGGCCCUCUUUCCAGUUACAAAGGGAAAUGUGAAGAUGAUCCUAAUACCAAGAAGAGCUUCUGCAAUGGGAAGAUCAUAGGAGCUCAGCACUUUGCUGAAGCCGCAAAAGCAGCUGGAGCUUUUAACCCGGAUAUCGAUUAUGCUUCUCCAAUGGAUGGUGACGGCCAUGGAAGUCAUACAGCAGCUAUAGCAGCCGGAAACAAUGGUAUCCCGGUGAGAUUGCAUGGCUACGAAUUUGGUAAAGCAAGUGGGAUGGCACCUCGGGCGAGGAUUGCUGUUUACAAGGCUCUCUACCGAUUGUUUGGAGGUUUUGUAGCCGAUGUGGUUGCUGCAAUUGAUCAGGCUGUUCACGAUGGAGUUGAUAUCCUGAGCCUCUCAGUUGGUCCAAAUAGUCCGCCAGCUACUACGAAGACAACGUUCUUGAAUCCAUUUGAUGCUACACUUCUCGGGGCUGUAAAGGCUGGUGUUUUUGUUGCCCAAGCUGCUGGAAACGGGGGGCCAUUCCCGAAAACUUUGGUUUCUUACAGCCCUUGGAUAACUACUGUAGCUGCUGCCAUUGAUGACCGCCGAUACAAAAACCAUCUGACCUUAGGAAACGGAAAAAUGUUGCCGGGGAUCGGACUGUCUCCUUCUACUCAUCCUCAUCGUUCAUACACUAUGGUUGCUGCAAAUGAUGUUGCCCUUGAUUCUUCUGCUGCGAAGUUCAGUCCUGCAGAUUGCCAGAGGCCGGAAGUCUUGAACAAGAGAUUGAUCGAGGGUAACAUUCUUCUUUGCGGGUAUUCUUUCAACUUUGUUGUCGGAACAGCUUCCAUUAAGAAGGUUGCUGAGACUGCCAAGCAUCUCGGGGCUGUUGGCUUUGUUCUCGUUGUUGAAAACGUUUCCCCGGGAACGAAAUUCGAUCCCGUCCCUUCCCCCAUUCCGGGCAUCCUCAUUACGGAAGUCUCUAAGUCAACGGAUUUGAUUGAUUACUACAAUGUCACUACGUCAAGGGAUUGGACUGGAAGAGUGAAAACUUUUAAAGCUAUUGGAAGCAUCGGAGAUGGGUUGGCCCCGAUUCUCCACAAAUCGGCUCCUGAAGUGGCAUUGUUCUCGGCUCGAGGACCCAACACCAAAGAUUUCAGCUUUGAAGAUGCCGAUCUUCUCAAACCGGACAUUCUUGCUCCUGGUUGCCUAAUAUGGGCUGCUUGGUCUCCAAACGGGACAGACGAGGCUAAUUAUGUCGGUGAAGGAUUUGCGAUGAUAUCGGGAACUAGCAUGGCAGCACCACACAUAGCCGGGAUAGCUGCACUUGUGAAGCAGAAGCAUCCUCAAUGGAGCCCUGCUGCCAUUAAAUCAGCUCUGAUGACAACCUCGACAACCAUAGACAGAGGAGGAAGACCUCUUCAGGCCCAGCAAUAUUCCGAGACAGAGGUCGUUAGGCUUAUCAAAGCCACACCUUUUGACUAUGGAAGCGGUCAUGUCAAUCCCCGAGCUGCUCUAGAUCCCGGUCUCAUUUUCGAUGCAGGUUACGAGGAUUAUCUCGGGUUCUUGUGCACAACCCCGGGAAUCGACGCUCACGAGAUAAGGAACUACACGAACAGAGCAUGCGACUACAGCAUGAAGCAUCCUUCCAACUUCAACUCUCCUUCCAUAGCCAUCUCCCAUUUGGUUCGAACCAUAACCGUGACCAGGAGAGUAACUAACGUUGCAGAGGAGGAAGAAACGUUCACCAUUACAGCUAGGAUGCAACCUUCCAUCGCCAUUGAAGUAAGCCCUCCGGCCAUGACUUUGAGAGCAGGUGCUUCUAGAAAGUUCUCGGUGACUCUGACGGUGAGGACGGUGACGGGAGAUUACAGUUUCGGACAAGUGACGUUGAAAGGAAGCAGAGGGCAUAAGGUGAGGAUACCAGUGGUUGCAAUGGGACACAGGCGAUGAAUGGAAACCCUACAGAACAGAUCUUGUGGAGAUGUGUGGUUUUGUAAUGUUAUUCUUUGUAAUAUUGCAAUAAGAUGGUGAAGUAGUAAUUAGUGAGAGAGAGAUGUAUUUUGUCUUGUCUGAGAAAAUGCUUAAUCUCACACAUGAUGUUGGAAUAUUAGUAGUUUGUAUAAUUUAGUUUUUUUUUAAUUAUAAAAACUCCACUA